UUGCUUUUGCUUUUGCCCUUUGUUUGUUUCAUUCAAAACAAGUCUCAAAAAAAAAAAAUGUCGACUUCCAACAAGACAUACAAACUGUGUGUUCACAAUGCGGCGCAGCUCGUGACCGUCUGCAGCCAAGGCGAGCGCAUGAAGCGCGGCAAGGCGAUGGACGAGGUCGCCAUUGUGGAGAACGGGACGGUCGUGAUUGGCCACGACGGGCGCGUUGCGUACGCUGGACCGGCUGCGGAUGCGCCUGCGACUGCGACCGACGCAGACAUGGUUGUGAAUGCAGCGGGUAAGUGCGUGCUGCCUGGCUUUGUCGACGGCCACACGCACCCGGUUUGGAGCGGAAGCCGCGUUCACGAGUUUGCCAUGAAGCUCGCUGGUGCAACGUACAUGGACAUUCACAAGAUGGGCGGUGGCAUUGGAUUUACAGUGCAACACACUCGCGCUAGCAGCGAGGAGGAGCUGCAAAAGCUGCUGCAGGGACGCUUGGAUCGCAUGGUUCGCGCAGGCACUACUUGCGUUGAAGCCAAGAGCGGCUAUGGCCUUGAGACGGCGACAGAGAUGAAAAUGCUCAAGGUUUUGCACCGCGCCAGCAAAUCCCACCCAAUCACCAUCUGCUCAACCUACCUGGGCGCACACUCAGUCCCCAAAGGCACGCCUGUUGCAGACUACACAAAGAACAUUGUGGAGGAGCAGCUGCCCGAGCUGAAGCGAUUGAUGGACGCCGGCGAGAUUGCGCCCACGGCCAUCGACGUUUUCUUUGAGAAGGGCGUCUUUGAGCGCGAGGAUACGACCCGCAUUCUUCAGGCUGGAAAGCAACUCGGCUUGCUGCUCAACUUCCACGGUGACGAGCUCAAUUUUGUCGGCGCUGGAGAGCUUGGCGGUGAGCUGGGUGCACGCGCCAUCAGUCAUCUGGAAGAGGUGUCGGACGCUGGCAUUGCUGCCAUGGCGCAGCGUGAGGUGUUUGGAACCCUCCUGCCCACGACCGCCUACGUGUUGCGCAUCAAGCCCCCGCCUGCACGCAAGCUGAUUGACGGAAAUGUUCCUGUUGCUCUUGGCAGCGACUUCAACCCCAACGCCCAUUGCUUGGCAAUGCCUUUCGUGAUGAACCUUGCGUGCGUCACAAUGCGCAUGACCAUGAAUGAGAGUCUCGUUGCGGCGACCAUCAACGCUGCAGGCUCGUUGGGUGUCGCGCAAGACCAUGGCUCGAUCGAAGUUGGCAAGCUGGGCAACCUCGUGCUGAUCGAUGCGCCACGCUGGGAGCACGUCGUGUACGAACUGUACGAUCCCCCGAUCGAGACUGUCUUCAUCAAGGGUCAGGUCGCCCAUUCGCGAGCGUGACUCUAAUGGAUUCUGCUCAAGUCGUACUUGGAAUGGAUUUGUGCUCAAGUGGUGGGGGUUGGAUGUGCGCAAAGUCUAUUGACAAGGCAGGAUUGCGACCAUGAAUCAAUCACAGUCAUCACAACAAUUAAAUUGGAUGCAACGCAACA